ACAUUAUGUACCUGUACAUAUGUACAUACACAGAUACCGACGUUGUUAUUGUAAGUACUUCUACGAUAAUUUAACAUUCUGAUGUCCUCGGUGUUAGAAGUAUAAACCUCAAAAUAAAUACAACACAGCGGUACCUUAGGGCGGGCCAUACACCACUAGUGUGUCAAGAAGUGGGUGCGAAAACACAUUCAGUCACCAUGACAACGACAGCCGAGGCGUCGAUACUGACGCCUUCCCACACACCUACGUUACAUAACAACCAAAGGACAUAGGAUAACUUCUCCAUGGACUUUGAUAACGCUAAAGCACAAGCCAGGUCCAUCCUAGGGCCUACGAAGGAUGCUGAGUUCCUUCAGAGCUUCGUCCGAGUCGGUAUAGGCGAUGAAGAAGAAGAAACACCCGUGCAGAAAGCCUCGAUCAGCAAGAGAGCACCACAUUCUGCUGAACCAGAAAUCGAGGAUGAGAAACAGGCAGUCAAGGAGAGAAAGGAGUCAGUUAAGCCGAAAAAGAAAUGGAAGAGGAAGCCAAAACGCGAGAGGAGACGACGCGAAGAGGAGUUGUAUACGGACAAGGAUCGGGCUGCAGCUGUGGUGAUGGGCUCGAAGGACAUCAAGCAGUCGUUGAACUUGAAGGACAAAGCAGAGCGUAGUAGCGCUCUACAGCUACCUGAUGAAGCCGACGCCGGCACGCUGCUGGCUCUCGCUAGGGCUGAGAUGAUGAGGGAGCGAUACCGUACCGCUGUGUUGUUCGUCAAUAAGGCCAUUGAACUAGCUCCCGACGAGAAAGCAGCCUACGUUGCUCGCAGUAAAUGCUACCUCCUCCUCGGUGAGCCUCGUUCAGCACUGAUAGACGCUGAAGCAGCGCUUAAACUAGACCCUAAGGAUGCUAAAGCCCUACUUCGGAAGGCAGAAGCUCUCUACUACUGCGGAGAGUUUGAAAUGAGUCUUGUACAUUAUCACCGAGGAUUGAGAGCCAGGCCUGACCUGAAUGACUUCAGACUUGGAGUCCAAAAAGCACAGGAAGCCAUUGAAAACACGAUCGGUGCAGUGAAAGUGGUGAAGAAAGCUCCGAAGAAGAGAUCAAAAUCUGCGAGGCCAGUGCUGGGACAGCUGAACUCCGACAAGAUCUACCUUGAGAACUUGUUGAAGAACCCUGACUUGGCCAUCGCAGACAAGAAGAACGACGUGGUGAUGAGACAGGCAGAGGAAGCCAUCAGGUUCUUAGAAAACCGCGAGGAGUUUUGGAGACAACAGCAAACCACUACUAUCAGUAUUGAAUAAUUAAUGCAUGAUUAAUGAGAAACAAACGACGGUGGAUUAAUGCAUGACCAGAUUAUUCUAUUCGUUUGCUAAUAGAAAAUACUAAGUGUCACAAAAAGUAUUUUUAACUUUUCAGAGUUAGACCUUUGGUUAAUCUUAGGUAAAUUGGAAGUAAAAUAAAUUCAUAGUAAUUACAAUCGUCGUUU